CUCCAGGGUUGUCACCUGCACUGAGCAGCAGCUGGGAGGCCAGAGGUGUGGAAGAACCAGCGGCAGUUGCAGCAGUGCCCGCUCCAAUCGCGUCCCUUCAGCAUCCAGCUCCGCGUCUUUGCUGAAGCCGAGGAGGUGGGGAGAGCGAGCGAGCCACAGAAAAAGGAGCACUCCAGAGCCAGCGGAGAACGCAGCACAAAACUUAGCGGAAACUUCCCGGAGAAUGCUCCGAAAGUCCGCGAUUCUCCUGCUGCUAGCGGUCGGCGCUUCUGCAUCCUAUGAAGCUGAGCAGAAUGAUUCCGUCAGCCCCAGGAAGACGAGGCUCGCCGCUCAAACCUCAGUGGAUGUGGUUCGAUGUUUAAAUGGUGCCCUUCAGGUAGGAUGUGGUGCUUUUGCCUGCCUGGAAAAUGCCACAUGUGACACGGAUGGCAUGUAUGACAUCUGCAAAUCCUUCCUCUAUAGCGCUGCUAAAUUUGACACUCAGGGGAAAGCCUUUGUCAAGGAGAGUUUGAAGUGCAUUGCAAAUGGCAUCACAUCAAAGGUUUUCCUUUCCAUUCGGAGGUGCUCCACAUUCCAGCGAAUGAUCUCUGAGGUGCAGGAGGAAUGUUAUAGAAAACAGGACAUAUGUAGUGCUGCUAGGAGAAAUCCAGAAGCUAUCGCAGAAGUGAUCCAGCUUCCAAACCACUUCUCAAACAGGUAUUACAACAAGCUCAUCAGAAGCCUAUUGGAAUGCGAUGAUGAGACUGUGGGUACCAUAAAAGACAGUUUGAUGGCAAAAAUUGGACCGAACAUGGCCAGCCUUUUCCGCCUGCUGCAAACGGAUCACUGUGCUCGAAUCCAUCCUAGAUCAGACUUCAACCAACGACGUAUCGCUGAGCCUCAGAAGCUAAAAAUCUACUUUAGGAAUCUCCAGGGUGAGGGACCUGCUCCGUCCCACAUGAAACGUACUUCAGCAGAAAGUGUGUAAUGUUCUGUGAUGCAUAGAAAGAGUGUGAGAGCAUAGGGAAUCCAAGCUCUACCAAAGUAAGAAAUUACUCUGUUUUUCUUUAGCAUUCAAUACACAUCAGAAAUGUACUGUAACUGAUUUUAAAGGACACUGAGCCAACCUACACAUUCAAAAAAAAAAAAGCAUAUCUCUUGUGGGGUUGUACCAUGUCACUGUGCAGGUGGGGGGAAAUUUCAUUUAUUGCAUAGCACACAUGCAUAUACUCCUGCACAUAAAACAUGCUACUUGUUAUUAGUGAUGGCUAGAUUGGAAUUCUUUUCCUUGACAUUCUAGCUUGCUGCAGGCAGAGAAUUUUUGAAGUGGGGAUGGAAAAUUCACUUGUGCAGUCUGCCCACCUGCAUUCCAAAAAUGGUACAGUUUUACAUGCUUGGUAUGAAUGUAUGGACUGGCCCUUGGAAACUGGCUUUAGAUUUUCAUCCUUAAUAUUGUCACCCUCUUUGGAUAAGCUGCAUGUACCUAGGUUGCUGGUGAUGGGGAGAAUCCCCCACCAUCCUAGCUUCCUUGAACAGAACCACAGUUUCCUUCAUCUUUUCUCUUCUUAACACCCCACACACACUUCCCCACAAAGAAAUCCAGUGAAGCUGGGGACUUCAAAAGCAAUCUUAACAGCACUUCUUCAGCAAACACCAAACUAUCACUGUACUGUAGCUCAAACACUAUUGCAGUUUGGAGAGAAUGAAACCAACUCGAUUAAAUUCUGCUUUUAUUGGGUAGCCCAAUGUUGAUGCACUGCAAUGCACCUGUUGCACAUUGUAUAGAUGGUGGUGGAACUUGUGUUUAGAGUGAUGCUGGCCAUGUACAAACAUGAACAUCACUUCUGGCCUCCUGGUCUCAGUGUUGUAAUCUUAAUGCUCUCAAGCCAGAGGUUUUCUUAAAUACCUGAUUAUACUAAAAUGUAGUUCUCUAUCUGCAUGAAUGUAGAGAUAUCAAAAUUGUUGCUGCACACUAGCCCUGUGCAAUGCAUACACAAGCUGAAUAUGGCCUGCCAGACUCCUAAAAACUUCCUGUUUUUAUCGUCACUGGCAAAGCAGGAAGUUUGUCAAGAUAUAUGAUGUGUGUGGGUCACAUGUUCAGGCCUGCUGUACAUCAUAGCACCACUACAAACUCAUCCCUGGCUCAAGUUCUCACUGUGGUGGUAAAGCCUUGUCUGGACUUUACCUCUGCAGAUUGGAGCUGGGAGCAUACCAAAAAGAGGGGAGUAAUCCUUGUAUAAGGAAAAGUGGCAUGUCAGGGAGAAGUUUAGGCUGGAUCUCUUCUUGCUGAAAUGCUAGUUUUCCAUGUGCAAGGUCUCUGUUUUUUGUAUGAAGAAAGCAUUUACUCCUAUAAGUUACCACCUCCUGUCUGAAGUGAUGCAGUCCAGACACAGGUGCUGUUCUGUGGUAAAGGAAAGCACUCCACAGAGCUUAAACGAUUAUUAUUGCAAACGAGUUAUAGUGGUUGGCUGGCUCUUGCAUUGCUUAAAAGAAAGCUAAUAACCUUCUGUACUGUAUCUUCAUUCAAAGCUUUAAAGGAAUCUUUAUCAAAAAGAAAUUGUCUUAAGAAUAGAGUAUAAUCAAGCCUUGUUCAGUUGUGAUACAAAAUAAGACAAACCUUUCUUGUACUGUAUGUAACUUCCAGAGGAGUCUGCUUUUUAAAAAGCAGAAUUUAAUAACUUUGUAAACAGACGCUUUGGUUUUGUAGUUAUAACUUUUGUUUCCUAGAUAAUGGUAGCUUUAGAAAACACCGUUUCUGUUUAGAAGCAUGGCAACUAGCUAGUAAGUCACUGGAAAUUACUGGUUCCAGUGGCCAUUGUAUGACUAAAUAUUUGUAUGAAAGAUAACCAUGCUUUUAAAAACAACUUGGCUUUAGGAAAUCUGCUUUUAAAAAUAAAAAAAGGGUUGGGCGGGGAGAGAAACACUGAAAUUUGGCUUAUGCUCCAUUCUUAGGGCGACUCCUCAAGUAAGGGGACUUCUUCCAAAAAUGUAGCCAUGUGUGGUGUGCCUAAAGAUAGUUAACAAUGCAGUCCUAAGCAGAACAACACCUUUCUAAGCCUGCUGAAGUAAAUGGACUUAGAAGGGUGUAACUUUGCUUAGGAUUGCUUUGUAAAUAAUGCUGUUGUGGCUUGCCUUAACUGUGUACACAUAUAGGUUUUGCAACCUUUAAAAUAACAACUGGAUUCACGCGUGCCACUUAAAGCUCUUUUCAGUCCUUCUCCCUUCAUUAGUAUGCAUAUGCUGGGCUGGCUCCUGGUUUGGAGGAGGACCCUGUGCAAAGCCCCUCUGGUGUUCCCCUUACCAAGCACAUAUGCUCUUCUUCCAGUCGGAGGAAAUGGAGCAUGACUCCUUUGCACUCAUUGAAGCUCUAUUGGGUGCCAGUAGGCUCAAAAGUUGACAGAGCUCAAAGGAGCUCACAAGAAUCACGCCCCCCUCUCCUCUUUCCUGGAAGUACCAUUGUCAGCAGCAAAUAGGAUAUCCCCAGAGUCUCAGCAAUCACCCAUUUCUGGUAGAGGCAGAUGGGUUCAAAUGGGUCUGGUCAGCACUGGGCCCUCUGCUGGGCCACCGGUCUCAGCAGCGCCUCAUCACAUUGACCCUGUGUACCUGUGAAAAAUACAGGUACUUUUAAAUGCACUUGUGUUAGGUGUCUGAACUGAUUGAUACCCAUGCAGGAAGGCUGCUUUGUAAUCCCAUAUAAACUUUCGUAAGCUGUUAAGGCAUGCUUAAAUAUUGUGUUGGAGAUGCUGUUAGUCUUUAAGGUGCCACUGGACUUCUGUUUUGUGUUGGAGGUCCAGCCUAGACAGACAACUCCUCAGUGUAAUAAAACUGUUCCUCAAAUAUACCACUUCAGAUGGGGCUUGCAUACGGCAGAAACUUAACUAGUGUGUUGGGGCAAAGGUCAGGCUCACUAGAAACUUUCUCCAUACCAUCUAGAUUUUUUGUGUGCAUAGAAUACUUGAAUACAGGAAGCGGUUUAUCAGGUGGCUUUGCCAUCUCCUGUAGUCUGAACUGGUGCAUUCCAUGAACAGUUUUAAUUCUGUUAAAACUGCCUUUCUUUCAACCUUCAUGCAUAGAAAACCUGCAUAAGGGAAUCUGAAUGGCACUUUACAUAUUGUACUUGCCAGGUAAGAACUUCUCUAUUCCACUUAGGGCAUGGUUAGUGCAAAGAUGAGAAACAGGCAAAACCAAUAAGGUAUAUUCCAUGUACAUUCCAAGCCUGCUCUGUAAGGAAAGCUAUGUAUGUUAGAGGGAUGCCUGCCUGCCAGUUAAGGAGUGACUGGUGAGAAGCAAACCUAUCGAAAGUACAAUCUCUCAUGGAAAACUUAUAAAAAGCAAUAGAACGUUUUACCACAAAGCCUUUAAACAGUAGCUUGCUGCUAAUAUAUUUCAAGUGAGGGGCAGGACUUAAAUAGUUGCUGUCUUUAUUUAAACGUAUGUAGCCCAAAAAAGUGCUGUUAUAGGAUCACAAGCAGCAAAAAAGAAAAAAAUGAAAUAAUAAUGUUGCUGAUGGCAGGAUUUUUAUACUCUAUAUUAUGCAGUCCAGCUCAACCUAGAUGUGAUGCUGCAGAAUAUACUCUUAACACUUUUUCAGGUAUAUUAGGAUUCCUAUUUUGCAGGAUUGUAUCCUUUCCAAGGUGCUUGAAAAUUAUUUUUUGUGUGUGGGAGAUGGGGUGUGUGAAGGGUACUUGUCCCCUUGUGGAAUUUGGGCCUCUGGAGGUACUUAGCACUCUGUGGAACCAAACCUAAAGCCUGUAUUGCUCAGUACAGGCCACUGGGGUAGAAGCUUGUUAUAGUGUGGAUUUCAAGUACAGGAGGGGAGCAUACAACCUCUCUGACAAGAAUAUUUCACCAUGUUAUGGAGUCUUGCUUCACAUGUGAGACUUCCUUCAGUUACAGUAGCCCUAAGAAUUGUGUUGGUACAUGAACUUUAAUGUGCAAGAAAUUGUGGCUCCAUUGAAAUCCCGAAGAUUCUUGCUAUUUAGCUUAGUGAAAAAAAUAAGAUUUUUCACUUGACAUUGUGUACCAUAAACGCACACCAGUAAUGGAAACCAGAGGUAGCCCAACCCAAUGGGCGGCGCAGGCACUGCCUGGGGUGACAAAAUUUCAGGGGCUCUCAGCUAAUUGGAAAAAAAUGUUCCGGGAGAAUACAAUCCAUCCCCAUCCCAGACUCUUAGGGUAACAUAGUCUAAUGCAUGGGAGCAAUUAUAUUUCUCUUCCCUCCAUUCAAGUGAAUGGAGUGAAAAGAUCCAUGCACCUGUAUGCAGCAAGGAAAAAAGGCUGCAACUGGUGGGGGGAAAUUAAGCAAGGAGAGUACAGUUGUUCCCACACACAAUACAGGAUGCAAGGGGAUGGGGAGAGCAAAAUAGAUUGAGUUAGUUCUGGAGACCAAACAGAGGCUAAAAUUGCUCUCAUACUUAAGAACUGCCUGGUAUACACAUAGCUACAAUUAAAAUUUACACCAGUUAAUAGAAUAAAUCCUUAGAACUGAUGGGAAAUAGUGGUCACUUAGUGUAAAAUAUAAUUGAAGCCCAUUCAUCCACUAAGAAUUAUGUUUGGCCUUAUAAUACCUGCAGAGUCCCACUCCAGAAUGGGGGUUGGCUUAUCUUUUCAAAAAUAUGUGCAUAAUUUUCAUUGUGAUUUUUUUCGCACUUUAGAUAUUUUUGUGCCAUUUAUAUAUAUAUAUAUAUACACACACACACAACCACACACACACACACAUAUAUAAAAGUAUGUAUUUAUAAUUUAAUUUUUUUGCCAAGUACUGGAAUAAACAGUGAGCAUAUCUGGUAUAUGUCAUUAUUUAUUUAUAAGAUUCUGGGGGUUUGUUUUUAAAAAGCAAAAACAAAAAACCCACCUCCAUUGUUCAUAUAAAGAUUAUUUGAAACAUAUUGCAGCAACAAGAAAGAUGCAAGUUAUUUUCUCUGCUUAUUUUUAUAAUUAAAAAGAUGCAUAACAUUAUGAAGCCUAUGGUGGAUUCCUUAUAAGAGAAAAUUAAAAAAAAAUGGCUGA